CGUCCGUCGUCGGUGUCGCUGUCGUUGUGUCGUCGUAUUUAUAAAUAUACAAAAUUGCAUUUCGAACAAAGCUCAAACUAUACACCAUAACCCAGCCAACGCGACUAGUGCAAAUUCAAUUCUCUCCAACUAAAAUACAAUCAAUUCUUUUUCCUGCUGUGUUUUCUUUCUUAUUAUUAAAAAAUAAAAAAGAACAGCAGCAGAAAAAUUGCAUUGAAAAAAUAUUAAAAAAAAUAAAAACGUUGAAUAAUUUUUAGAAUGCAACAACUAACACAGUAAACAAAAUACAAACUGCUAGCGCUGCUAGCUUGUGGAUUGAGGGCUGAGGGACUGAGGGCUGACAGAGUGGAAGUUGUAGCACUGACGUUUUGUUUUAAUGGGAAUAUGGCAUCGGCUACAAUUUUUUCAAGGUGACAGACUUUGCUGUUCUGAGCUGUUUGCUGCCGAUGUGUGUGCAGCUUUAGAAAAUUGUUUACAUACUCAAACUCAUACUACUUGUUGUUACUACUAUUGUGUUUUUUUAAAAAUGCAUCCAUAAACAAUUAAAUAAAAGAGUUUUAUUUUUCUAUUAUACUCGUGCUUACCUAUUCCAUGGAAAAGCACAAAAAUCCACCAAGUCAGUGAAAAUAAAACCGAGUUAAGUUUCUGCUUUAACUACUUCCGCCCGUGCAUCUCUUGCCUCUUCUGGCCUCCGUUGCCGUGCCUAAAAAAGUAUAUUUCUGCUUAAUGCAUUCAUUUUGUUGCAGUGAAGUAUUGAAUUUUUGUGUUGUUGUUUUUCUUGGAAAGUGUACUCACGGGUGUAUACUCGUAACUCGUAUAGUGUGAUGUUCUUCGCUGUGCAGUGACCUCUUUUUUAAAUUUUAAGUGAAACCAGCAAAGAAGUAAAACAAGCUAAAAAAGUAAAAUAAAAAAAAUAAAAUAAAGCUCUAUAAAGAAAACUUCAAAUUACUACUGUCUGAGUAGAAAAAAAUAACAUUAGCAAGCUGGAACCAUAUGAGUUAAGUACGAUGUACACGUAUGCAUCGCCUCCGCCACCCCCACCCGAUGGUGGUCAUGGUCAUCCCGCGCACCAUCACUAUGGUAUAUCGCCGGCUUACCUUGCAGCAGCUUCGCAAUCAUCAUCAUCGCCUCACCAUCAACCAGCGCAUCAUAAUUUAAGUAGUCCUAGUCCUCUAUCGACGGCCUCGACGUCCAUAUCAACAAUUGGGGCAGCUGUUGCUGGUGGAAUGGUUGCCCCAAAUCAUAAUUCACAUAUCAAUGUUAUACCUUCACCCGCGGCAUCGGGCAAUUCGGGUGAUAUAACAGGAUUAGGAUCAAAUAUGCAUGUUAGUGUUGAUUUACACCAUCAUGUUGAUUCACAGCAGCAGCAGCAACAACAACAACAGCAACAACUUACUGAACUAUCUGCCUCACAAUCGAAAAGAAGAAGAUCAGAUGAAGAAGAGCCAAGCGCUAAUAAGUACAACAGAAUGGAUGAUGAAAAUAUUCAAGAUAAAGAGCGGUUCGCUAGUCGGGAGAACCACUGUGAAAUCGAAAGAAGGCGUAGAAAUAAGAUGACUGCAUAUAUAACAGAAUUAUCGGAUAUGGUGCCAACAUGUAGUGCUUUAGCAAGAAAACCUGAUAAAUUGACAAUAUUGCGUAUGGCGGUGGCACAUAUGAAGGCUCUUAGAGGAACCGGUAAUACCAGUAGCGAUGGCACCUAUAAGCCCUCAUUUCUAACGGACCAGGAACUUAAACAUUUAAUACUUGAAGCCGCUGACGGUUUUCUUUUUGUUGUGUCAUGUGAUUCUGGGCGAGUUAUUUACGUAUCGGAUUCAGUUACUCCUGUAUUAAAUUACACUCAAUCCGAUUGGUAUGGCACAAGCCUUUAUGAUCACAUACAUCCUGAUGAUCGUGAGAAAAUUCGAGAGCAACUUUCGACACAAGAACCACAAAAUACCGGACGCAUAUUAGACCUCAAAACUGGCACAGUGAAGAAGGAGGGACAUCAAUCUUCAAUGAGGUUAAGUAUGGGUGCUAGACGUGGCUUUAUCUGUCGCAUGCGUGUUGGAAAUGUCAAUCCGGAAUCAAUGGUUGCUGGACAUUUGAAUCGUUUGAAACAGCGUAACUCGCUAGGUCCGUCACGCGAUGGACAAAAUUUCGCAGUUGUGCAUUGUACGGGCUACAUAAAGAAUUGGCCACCAACUGAUAUGUUUCCAGGCGUUCACAUGGAUCGAUCAGGUGACGAUGAUGUGCACUCAUCACAUUGCUGUUUAGUUGCGAUAGGACGAUUGCAAGUGACAUCGACAGCGUCAUCGGAUCUAACCAGUGCUAAUAACCAAUCGGAGUUUAUUUCACGUCAUGCCAUGGAUGGAAAGUUCACCUUUGUAGAUCAACGAGUUUUAAACAUUCUCGGUUAUACCCCUACCGAUUUAUUGGGUAAGAGUUGUUACGACUUUUUCCAUCCCGAAGAUCAUAGUCAUAUGAAGGAGAGCUUUGAGCAAGUGCUUAAGCAGAAGGGGCAAAUGUUUUCUCUGAUGUAUCGUUUUCGAGCGAAAAAUCGAGAUUAUGUUUGGCUGAGAACUCAGGCGUAUGCCUUCCUCAAUCCCUAUACCGAUGAGGUGGAGUAUAUUGUUUGUACAAAUAGUUCAGGAAAGACAAUUCAUUCCACUGGACACGAGAAUACCACACCAGAUCAUUCAGAACAUGUGUAUGUCACACCAGGAGUCGACUACACUCUGCCACAGGGUACACGCCGUGAUCAGACUCCAAAUGCUCAAACUGGAGGUACUCCUCAGGUUGUGUAUAACACUCACAAUAUGAUCGGUGGCCAUAUACAACAGGGACAAAAUAAUGUACAACGUCCAGCAAGUGCACAAAAUCCUGUACCUUAUAAUUAUGAAACGGCGACGCAUUCGCCCUUAGGGUAUGGAUCACCUGGUGCUCCAACAGCUAAUUCAGCCCACCUCGCAAGAAUACCCAAAGCAAACACAUCUCCAACACCAGCAGCGGCUGCUUGGUCCCUAAGACAACAGCAACCUGUCACAGAAGGCUACCAAUACAACCAGAUGAGCCCGUCUAGAUCACCGAGUGGGCCAACUUAUACCCAGCUCAGUGCGGGCAACUCUCGUCAAACAACAGCAUACCAUACAAGUGCUCAAACACCUCAAUCAAAUGCUGGUAUCUGGGGAUGGCAAAAUUCAGGUCAAACUGCUGAUCCUGGACCUGGUUCAAGUGGGUCAGGUGGGGUGCAUCCUCCGCCAGUGGGAAGCCAAUCACAUCAUCCGCCUCAUGUUCAAGGGCAACCCCAAGGCCAAGAACUUACUGAUAUGUUGCAGAUGCUAGACCAGAGUGGACCUACUACCUUCGAGGAUCUCAACAUCAACAUGUUUAACACGCCAUUCGAAUAGAAAACCUCAAUUUAUUAACAACUUCUUUUCUAUUUGGCGCAACGAGUCUUUGUCUUGAUCUCUUUUUUUAUAUUGAAGAGGAAAGUAUUGACGACAAUGAGAACAGAUAUAAGAUUUAAAGACUUGUUGUGAUUCAACAAUCUAUGUACAUCUCAUAAACAAACCUUAGAUUUAUACAAAAAAAGGCAUUUUCACACUGGAAAAUUUAUUGACAAGCAACUGCAUUUGAAAAACUCUGUGUGGUUGGUUUAAAUAAAAUUAUAGGAUAUAUUAAGUUGUACACGACGCACAGUUUAUCCAAUUGUUCUUCUUAUAACGGCUAUUAAGUGCAAUCUUUUUUCUUCAAUUAUUUUUGGAAACCAUACUUCUUUUUCAUCCAGUUAAUAUUUACAAAAAUUCAUAAAAUCAUGAGUUAUUGACUUGCUUUGGUUCACUAUCCGCAUCUUUGCCUGCAAGAACAAUUAAUCCUCAAUCAAUCUAACUGGGAUGAUAUUCGGAGGGUUACUUAGGAAGCUUCAUAGAUAAUGUAUGUAUUUUCGUUGGACCCACAUCGAAUAGUUUUUAUAAUUCUUUAAAAAUUAUAAGUUAAGGAUAUUUAAAUAACAACUCAUAUUUUAAAACAACUUUUAUACAUAUAUAUAAAUACAAAUAUGUAUCAUUCAUUUUUUUAAUAUACAUAUAUAUAUAAAUAUUUAAAUAUAUGUAAAAAUAUUUACUUUUUUUAAAAUUAAAGUUAAUAUGAUAUUUAAAAGUAUUUAUUAAGCAAAUGAACAAAAACAAAAACAAGAAAAUGUAACAAAUCUUUAAAAUAAAUAAAUCAUAAACGAUAUAAGAAAAUAAUUUUAAACAUUAAUUAAAAACAAACAACAAAAAAUAAUAAUGGAGAACAGAAUUAUUUAAAAACAAACAAAAAAGAGAUCAACGUGUAUUUUAAUAAUUUCGAUAAUUUGUAUUGUGUGUGUAAUUUGUCAUGCUUUGCAAAUAAAAAUGAAACAAGUAAAUAAUAUAAAAAAGAGAAAUAGAAA